UCACGAGUCCAACCUGAGCUCGCUCGGAGUUUCAACAAAUCUCAGCUUUGACAGCCUGUGCAAGCGCGCGCGCGCACACUUUCUCUGGUCCCGUUUAUUUCAGUGGAAACGUCCAAAGAUGCGCGCGCGCGGAUGGCGUGUUUUGGAGUGAGUCUUCUCCACUCGGCCCGAGCUUCGGAUGAGUGUCCCGAAGAGAAAAGAGGAUAGAGAUCAUUUCAUUUGCGGGUUUUAUUUUCUAUCAAUAAAAAGUAAGAUAGAUUCCAAAGCCAGUGCGACUUAUGAUGCGCUUAUAUUUUUGCACAAACGUGGCAUUUAGCGGCUGGUUCCCUGCGCUGCGGAGAAUCCAGCUGAGUCAGAGACUAAAGGGGAUUUGUGGAGUCAGAGGAACGGUGAGGGAGGGGGUGGAUCCCAACGCGAGGAGGAGAGACAGCGCAGAGGAGAUGGGAUAAAAGGUGAGGAGAGGAGAGGAGGACAGACUGACUGCUGCACCCGGAGCGCAGCGCACGGACGUCAGGAGAACGGAGGACCUCCAGCUGACUUAUGUGCAGAUCUAACUGGCGCUGGAUCAUUGAGGAUCGGCUCUGUGCGCAAAGCCAACUUUUGCCUCCGUUGGCUUCUCCCGCGCUCAUCAGAGGCUCUGCGCUCUCCUCAGAACUUGACUCGGAUUCUGUGGGUGGAUCUGUGAUGGGGGCAGCGGCCGAGCUUGGGAGCUUCGCGCACGGAUUUCUGGAAAGCUUCGGUGGCGCGCAGGCUCCGGUUGGCUCGCAUUUCGUUCUCACCCCUUUUGGGGCCGUGGACUCCGUCACCGGACUGAUCAUGGGGGGCCAGGGGCAGCAGGAGCACCUGGUGUCCGCAGAGAGACUCUCCCGGAGCUUAGCGGAUCUCAGCCAUCUGAAGGGGAUCCUGCGGCGGAGGCAGCUCUACUGCAGGACCGGCUUCCACCUGGAGAUCCAUCCUGACGGCACCGUGCAGGGAACCCGGAGAGACCACAGCAGAUUCGGUAUCCUGGAGUUCAUAAGUCUCGCCGUGGGGCUUGUCAGCAUCAGAGGGGUGGACAGCGGCCUUUACCUCGCCAUGAACAACAAGGGCGAACUGUAUGGCUCGGCGAAGCUGUCAGCAGAGUGUGUGUUCAGGGAGCAGUUUGAGGAAAACUGGUACAACACCUACUCCUCCAACAUUUACCGGCAUGGAGAUAAAGGGUCCUUUUACUUUGUGGCGUUGAACAAAGAUGGGACAUCUCGGGAUGGAACACGAUCAAGGCGACAUCAGAAGUUCACGCACUUCCUGCCGAGACCUGUAGACCCAGACAGAGUUCCAGAACUGUACAAGGACAUUUUGGGUCAGAGUUGAAACCAGACAUGAUGCUCUGGUUCUGAGGAACAUGUUAACAUACCUGCUCCUAAUCUCAUCUGCCGUUCACAAGAGAUGGAAGAUGUUGUUGAUCUGGACAGCAGAGGAUCAUGUCAUUGGACCGCGUCAGUGCUGGAAAGGAGGAGGGACGGAGAGAAUCCGACCGGUCUGAAAGUGUGAUGGAGGAGUCUCCUGUGGAAAACACGUAAAGAAAACUCAGACGUCCUUCUAUGCAAAAGCCCUGCUGGACGUUCAUCAACCUGUGGAUUUCUCUUCAGUUCUGAUUCUGUAAACCUAACGUGAGUCGGCCCAGACUCCAUGUUUAACUGGACAGAUGUGGACCCGAUAGAGGAGAAUAAGCCCUGGCUGCUGGAGGCUGCUGAAUCAGAGACUCUUCAGUCUCACGGUCUUUUUUAUCACAGAGGCUGCUAGGACAUCAUUGGACUGAUCCACUGAAACGUAGGAUUUGUUUACAAGGAAAGGGUAGUUUGACGCACUGGAAAGUAGUCGAUGGACACAAGAAUAGAUGCUGCUUCAAAAUGGGACUUUACUUCAGUCCACAUGGAGGUCGAGAAGACGAGUCUACCGGAGUGUCAUAAGAUUCUAAUAUUCAGUGAAGGAUUGAGCUGCUGUCUGAACGACUGCUGUCAAACGAGCAUGAGACAGACGAGGACAUUUCUGCUAAAAGAUUCUAUUCUAAUUUAUUAUGUUGUUUCCAGGAACAGACAGUGUAUUUAUAUUUAUUUAUUUUGAAAAUAUAUUUUUCCAGGUAUGAGAUGAAUUAAAAAAUGUAAUAAAGAAAACAUUUUGGUUUUUAA